AUGGCCGUCCUGCAGACGAAAAACAUGUGGGAGCAGAAGAACCGGGAUUUUGUGAACGUUUCGUACGGCUCAGAUGAGGAUUCUGGUAGUGAGGCUGACGCAAGUAGUAACGAAGACAAUGAUGAGAUGAGUGAUGACCAUGAUGAAGAGGAUAGUCCCACACAGCCUGCAGACUCCACAUCAGGGAAUGCAGGCUGGGCUGAUGCCAUGGCCAAGAUUCUGGGGAAGCAAGUGGCAAACAACAAGCAGACUCCAAUCUUGGUUAAGAACAAAGAGUUUGAGAAAAGGAAAGAAAAAGAAAGGGAAGAGAAAAAAGAACAGACAAAAAAGGCAGGAGUAAAGAGACAAUGGGAAGAGAUGGGCAGAGUAAAACCAGAUGUUACAGAGAAGGAAAGGGAAAGGGCACUGCAAAGAAUAGCAACAAGAGGUGUUGUGCAGCUGUUUAACGCUGUUAAGAAGGAACAGAAGACCAUCCAGGACAAACUACAGGAGGCUGGACCAACGGAAAGUGCAGUGCAGGUGUCCUUUAUGUCUGUAACAUAA